AUGGCGGAUUAUGAGAAGUCCUCAGACAGUGGCAUCGCGAGCAGGCUUAGCUCUCUAAACAUGGAAAAGGUGCUGGUCCCUUCUGUCACGUUAAUUGUAGGCUGUGGAGUAUCUUCGCUGACACUUUUGCUGUUGAUUAUCAUUUAUGUCUCUGUUUGGAGGUAUAUUCGCUCAGAGCGCUCUGUCAUUCUUAUCAACUUCUGCCUGUCCAUCAUUUCCUCCAAUGCUCUCAUUUUGAUUGGACAAACCCAGACCCGGAAUAAGGUGAUAUGCACGCUGGUGGCAGCUUUCUUGCACUUCUUCUUCCUCUCCUCUUUCUGCUGGGUGCUGACAGAGGCCUGGCAGUCCUACAUGGCAGUGACGGGCAGGUUACGGAACCGCAUCAUCCGCAAGCGAUUCUUGUGUCUCGGAUGGGGGCUCCCUGCCUUGGUGGUUGCCAUUUCCGUGGGAUUUACUAAAGCCAAGGGGUACGGCACCGUGAACUACUGCUGGCUUUCAUUAGAGGGAGGUCUUCUCUACGCCUUCGUGGGACCUGCGGCUGCUGUUGUUUUGGUGAACAUGGUUAUUGGCAUUCUGGUUUUUAACAAACUUGUAUCCAAAGAUGGAAUAACAGAUAAGAAACUGAAGGAACGGGCAGGUCAGAUGGCAGUGCCCCUUUACGGCAUGACGCUCAAAUGUUCCAAGUGUGGAGUAGUUUCUUCUGCAGAAGUUUCGGCCACAGCCACCAGUAACGCCAUGGCAUCCCUUUGGAGCUCAUGCGUGGUCCUACCUCUCCUGGCACUGACUUGGAUGUCCGCAGUUCUGGCAAUCACAGAUCGGCGGUCGGCACUCUUCCAGAUCCUUUUCGCUGUCUUUGACUCACUGGAAGGCUUUGUCAUCGUGAUGGUCCAUUGCAUCCUCAGGCGGGAGGUCCAAGAUGCUGUGAAGUGCCGCGUAGUGGAUCGUCAAGAAGAGGGCAAUGGAGACUCAGGGGGGUCAUUUCAGAAUGGACAUGCUCAGCUAAUGACCGAUUUUGAGAAGGAUGUGGAUAUGGCUUGUAGAUCAGUGCUGAAUAAAGACAUCACCACCUGCAGGACCUCAACCAUCACAGGAACACUGAAGCGCCCAUCACUUCAGGAUGAAGAAAAAUUGAAACUGAAUCACCAGAAGGGGUCAUCAAACUUUAACAGUCUUCCAGCCAAUGUCUCCAAGAUGCAUCUUCAGGGCUCACCUCACUACCUGGGGGCCAUCAACCUGAAUGAAUUCAGCAAUCACACACUGACCUUGAAGAAGGACAAAAAUCAGCCACCCAAGUCUAUCUACAUCUGUGAUGGGGACAUCUUCAAGAAGUUGGACUCAGAACUCUCCCGGGCACAAGAGCAAACACUGGACACCAGCUACGUCAUUCUGCCUACCAACACAUCCACUUUACGGGCCAAACCACCCAAGGAUGAGAGCAAAUACAGCAUCAAUAUUGACCAAAUGCCCCAGACACGACUCAUCCACCUGAGUAUGGCAACUGACCCAGGCUUUGUUGUCAAGAGUCCUCCACGGGAGCCCAUAACCAUGACAUGCAGUGAGGUGCAAGGUUCCCCCAUGAUACAACAGCAGCAGCAGCUGCCUCCACAGAAUAUCUCCAAUGAGGCACAGAUUCCCAACAGCCUGUGUGACACAGGUGACUCAGGGAACUCGGGUGUGGUGUCCAAAAGUGAGACCGUCUCCACCCUCUCCAUGAGCUCGUUGGAGAGGCGGAAAUCCCGGUAUGCAGAGCUAGAUUUUGAGAAAAUCAUGCACACAAGAAAACGUCACCAAGACAUGUUCCAAGACCUGAACAGAAAACUGCAGCAUGCAGAGAAGGAGAAGGAGUCUCCAACAACGGACAGCAAGCAAGAGAAACAGCAGACACCAAACAAGAGACCCUGGGAAGGAAUCAGAAAAGUCCAGUCCCCACCGUCAUGGGUUAAAAAGGACAUGGAACCUGUGGCACAGUCUCCCUUAGAACUAAAAACUGUAGAGUGGGAGAAAACAGGGGCCACCAUCCCUCUGGUGGGACAAGACAUUAUUGACCUUCAGACGGAGGUCUGAGCGGAAAAAGAGAGAAAGGGACUUUUUUUUCCGGAAAGCAAGCAAACAAACAAACAAACACAAAUUUAAAAAAAAAAAAUGAUUAAAUUAAGUCGAAACCGAGUGAGAGAAGUGUUUGGUUUCUUUUGAAACCUUUGGUAAAAUGCAGUAACUUUUGUAUUGUUCUCAGCAGAGAGAGGGAAUAUUACUUUAUAGAAUAUAGUAGCUGUAGGUUCAGACCAACACGAUCUUUCCCAGGUAGGACUGGAGAGGGAGUGAGCCUGGAAAAGAGCGAGGAGGAGGCAGAAGGCGGGGAGGGCUGCCGGGAAUCGCCCCAUGGAGAGGCUAUGGUGGCCCGCGACGGAGGAUGCUAGCACGAGGAGCCCUGCUCUGCAGCGGGGAAGUGCAGCACAACGGCCAGAGGGACCGUAUGGCAAAAGGGCCACGAAGAUGGGUUUUGGCUGCAAGGAGAAGACAAAAGGUGAACCCAGCAGGAGCUUCACUGGGGCGUUCUCCAGCCAUAGGUCCCAGGCGAAACGCAUCCUUGCCCGGCCCGGGGCGUUCCUUGCACAGCACGGGCUCAAGAGUGUGAGCCAAUCUUUGCCCCUCCACUGCAGCUGAGAAGACGGGAAAGGGGAUGGGCUGAGCCGCUGGGCACCGCAGCUGAGAAGCAUCCUCCUUGCUGCCCAACAGGAGACAUCUUGGCACCACCGUAUGGGCCAGCUUGCAAGGCGCCCCGGCGAUGCGGCAGUGAACAGAUGUGACACCCGUGGCCCAUCCAAGAGGUAAGGUGGGGCUUCUCCCCUUCGUCGCUCCGCAGCGGGUGUCCCGCAUCCCCCGGGGGUGCAUGCAGGAGGAUGCACCUGCACGCCUCUAACACCUGCUCGCCCCAUCUCCAGGGAGGGGGUCGAAGGCGUCACAGAAAAAACAGACCAACAAGAAGAACGUAGGUCAUUUCAUUGACUGUUAAAUAGAUAAACUCAGCACGGGCCUUGGCAAAGGUCCAUUUGGCCGCAUCUUUUUUUUCUGUUAUUUUUCCCUUCCUAUCGGACUCGAACUUAUUCCAAGCUACCCCUCCCUGGAAGCCAGAGAGAAAGAGAAAGAGGGAAAGACACAUCUGCUUAUGUACCUGGAGAUAUUUGGUAUACAGAGAAUAUUGCCUUAGGACAUUGAGACAAACUGACAACAUGAAUAACGUCCACUUGGAAACAAAACAAAACAAAAAAUAAUCUAUUUUUUUCCUUCUUCUUUUCUUUUCUUCAAUAAAAAGAGAACUUGAAACCCGAGACCUUUCUUUUCUUUGGCUCUUGUCAUUUCAAAUGCCUUCCCCCGUGCUGUAGGAUGGUGCAGGCAUGGGGUGAGGAUGCCACCUGCUGAAGGUGGGAUGCAAGUUGCUCCAUGGAAAUCUGGGAUGGUGGGAACACCUGGCCCCUUUGCCUGUCGCUUGCAAGAUUUUACUCUGUUUUAUUCAAUCUGGGUUUCAGUCACUUUCCCCUCCCUGGUUCCUGCCCUCCCUCCCCUCUGCCCCCAGCCGGCAGGCAGGUGUGUGGUCCUAGCAGAAGGAAAGGAAACAGGUCGAGCUGGUCAGGAAAGUGGGACAUCCUUCAUAAAAAACAUCUUUAUUUUGCUGUGAAAAAGAACAAAUAAAAUCAUUAGACGUUUCUCAAGGCUAUUUCCAAAAAAUAAUGAUUUUCUACAUUUCACUCCACAGAAAGCAUUCUGCAAUAUUUUUAUCAUUAAAAAAAAAAAAAAG